AUGAUUAAUUCUGAAUUGCGCAGAAACAUAAAGAAUGCUCUUAUCGGAUACAAAGAGGGCGACAGGCCUCUGCUCGAUGACCUGGGGAUAGACUUUGGCUCGAUAAAGAAGGACUCCCUCCGCAUUCUCUUUGUCAAAAGCAAAGAACACAAAGAAACGGACGAUAUGAUAGGCCCAAUUUUAUUUUUAGUUCUAUUUGGUGCCAUUCUGAUCGUUCGAGGGCGUGUCCAUUUUGGGUAUCUGUACUGUCUGUCAAUUCUCAGCUGCGUAUUCAUAUACGGGAUCACCAUCUUGAUGAACAGCAAUCCUGUGAGCGCCGUGGGCAUUGCCAACACUUUGGGCUACUCGCUCAUUCCUGUGCUUAUAUUCGCGCUCUCCAGCAACUUUAUCCCGGGAGGAAAGGUGGCUAAGCUGCUCGUUGGAGGAGUCUUUUCUGUCUGGUCAACUUUUGUUUCUUCGAGCGAGAUAGUUGGGCGGUUUAAAAUUGAAAAUAGGGGGGUGCUCAUAGGCUAUCCAAUAUUUUUGGUUUACAUGUGCUUCAUAAUCAUUGCCAUUGCAUGA